AGCAUUCUGAUUUUUCAGUCCAAACUAGCAUUUUUAUCCAGCCCGGCCUAACAAUAACAAAAGCCUGAGUAACUGAGUCAUCUAUGGACACCGAGACUUCCGGUCGUCACUUUUCAACGGUCAGCCGAUAAAGGAGCAUCCAAUCGCCAAGUCGCUGCCCGCCGACCGCCAUAUCCGCCGAUGCUUAGCCGCUUGCCGUCUGCCUCUGUGAGCUCCGACCUGCCUACUGCGUACAACGUUCCAGCUAAUCGAGUAAUCGACUAAUCGGCCCUUCUCAACUUCUCAGUCUUGUACUCUUCUGUGGCUUCAGGUAUCAGUGUAUCACGCCUUCACCGCUACAGCCUUUAGGUACAGAGGGCGAACAUGGCACUAAUGGAACAUCUAAGGGAUGAUAGAUACGCGGAGUAUAAAUUUACAGGCAAAACUUGGAAUCUGAAGAUGCAAGUUUUAUCAAGCAAUUUUAAAAUUGGGACUUGAAAAGCCACGACACAUGCUUAGCGGCAUCAAAUUGGUCAGGCCCAUAGCUACAGCCAAAGUUUGAAUCGAAGAAUUCUGCUUUCAGAAUUAGAUUUACAAUGAGCCUCUCAACUCAUUCAUAAGAUAGAUUCUCCAAUCACAUGUGCCUGUUUAUCCCUGCCCGGAGAAAGAAGCCUUCAUCUGCUUGGAGAUAAAAGCCGGCGUUAAUGGAGUUGCUGCCGCCAUGAAUGCGGCCGUUGGCGUUCCGGACGCCUUCUCCGGAGUUGAAGGCCUGGACAGGGAAAUCAAAGGCAUCGAGCUCUACAAGGGCUGUUAGAUUCCUUUCUGUCCUUUCUUAAGUCAUCAAAUCCGGAUUUUCGUAGGGAAUCCAAAACUCCGAUUUGUCCCUUUGUAGCUUGUUUGCCAAUUGGGAAUUUGCGUGUCGAUUGCAGCUUCCCUCCUUUACUCUUGCUCUUUGGGAGAUGAAGUAGAAUCGGUAAAGAACGGUGGAAGUAGAAUCGGUAAAGGCAAAGGGUUUGUAAUGGAGAUGGCUGGUUCCUUAGACAAUGGAGCUUUUCAUUGUUGAAGCGGCAGAGUCAUGGCGUCCUUUUCGGGACCCUCUAACCCAUUUCCGUUAGUGCUCAAUAGUCAACCUGGAAAUCACCCGGUAACCCACUUGGCUGCACCUAUUCCCGCAUUGAUACACAAUAGAAACCCAUCAGUAGCCAAUCAACGAGAUGCAGGGGACAGAGUGGUUCCCCAAAGAAGAACCGGCAUCACCAGAACAGUGGAGGAAGAUGCCAGAGGGAAAGAUGAAGUCAACAGGAAGGUAGCUUCACAGAAAGCAAUUUCCAUAAUUAUGAGGAGAGAGGCCAUGAAAGCAGUAAUCGAGAAGAAAAAGGGCAGCUCCAAGAAGCUACUUCCCAACGACAUUCUCGAAGCUCUUCACGAACGCAUCACUGCUUUGCGCUGGGAAUCCGCUGUUAAGAUCUUUGAACUCCUUCGCGAGCAGCUAUGGUACAAGCCGAAUGCUGGUGUGUAUAUCAAACUAAUUGUAAUGCUUGGAAAAUGUAAGCAACCUGAGAAAGCUCAAUCCUUGUUUCAGAUGAUGAUUGAUGAAGGCUGUGUUGUGAAUCAAGAAGCUUAUACUGCUUUAUUGUCUGCAUACAGCCGUACUGCCCUUUUCAAUGAUGCUUUUUCACUCCUUGAAGAGAUGAAGAGCACUCCUAAUUGUCAACCUGAUGUCUUCACAUAUACCGUUCUCAUAAAAUCGUGCCUGCAAGUUUAUGACUUUGGUAAAGUAAGAGUUCUCCUUUCGGAAAUGGAGAAUGAGGGGAUCAAGCCCAAUACAGUUACAUAUAAUAUUCUCAUUGAUGCUUACGGCAGAGCAAAAAGGUUCGCUGAGAUGGAAUCUGUACUUGUGGAAAUGCUUCAGAGGAGAGACUGUUCUCCAGAUGAGUGGACCAUGAACUCUUCAUUGAGAGCAUACGGUGGUAGCGGGCAGAUAGAAAUGAUGGAGAGCUGCUAUGAAAAGUUCCAAUGCGCUGGGAUUGAACCCACUAUCAAGACUUUCAACAUCCUUUUAGAUUCAUAUGGAAAAACUGGAAAUUAUGAUAAAAUGAGUUCUGUUAUGGAAUACAUGCAGAAGUACCAUUUCUCAUGGACUAGGGUUACCUAUAAUAUCAUAAUAGAUGCAUUUGGGAGGGCCGGAGAUUUGAAACAGAUGGAAUUUCUUUUCCGGCUUAUGCAGUCUGAGAGGAUCAAACCAGACAGGGUCACACUUUGUUCGCUGGUUCGAGCGUAUGGGCAAGCCGGGAAUGCUGAAAAAAUUGGAGGUGUUCUGAAAUUUGCUGAUAAUGCAGAAAUUACACUGGACACUGUUUUUUUUAACUGCCUGGUGGAUGCAUAUGGGAUGAUGGAAUGCUUCGCGGAGAUGAAAGAAGUGCUUGAACUUAUGCAGAGCAAAGGAUGUAAGCCUGAUAGAGUAACAUAUAGAACCAUGAUUAAAGCGUACUCGAUUGGUGGGAUGACUAGUAAAGCGAAGGAGUUCAAGAACCAACUUGCAUCAUUGGAAGAGAAUCAACCCGGCCAGAAAAUGUCCAAAGUAAAGUAAGGCUUUUCACAUAAUUGACAUGGCCUUUUGCUUGUACAUUCUUUACACUCUUCAUGUUUUGUUAUCAACUCUGGCAUCAUUUCCUCGAUUGUUAUAUUCCAAACUCUUCUAGUGUAAAUAAACUCUUCCAGGAACUCGAGUUUAUCAGUUAACCAACAAAUUGUCUC